AUGUUGAAUGCCUCUUUCCUUACGUAUUCCGUGUACAUGACGAGUAUUGAUGAGCCAGACCCAGCGAUGGUGACCCUCACCUCGGUGCUCCUUGAGACUGUUCAUCCAACGUCGGUCAUCACUGAAGCAGUUACUGUUACUGUCAGCCCAACAGCUGUUCAUUCAGACGUUUCAUCCCUUAAGAAUAUUCAGCCAGAGAUAGUUCAGUCCCAGCAGACUCCCCAGACGUGGCCGAAGAUCGAGACCACCCAGUCGAUUGUUGAAUCGCCAACUACUCAACCUUCGACAACAUCGGAAGAAAUGGCGUCCUUGAUCACAUCAAGCUCAUCAAGUUCAUCAUUCCUGCAACCGCUUAGGUCUUCGCAUACCUCCGAAGUCGUAGUGUUCUCCACAAAUGCAGAUACGCGCACGAGUGUUGAUGACUUAACAUUGAUCAGCCCUUCGAGCUCAGAGACACCAUCACUAUCAUCCACCCGAUCAAGCAUCUCGAUCAUGUCGAUAAGCCCUACCUUCGCAAAUAUGACACCAGCUUCAACUGUGGCAUCUCACUUAUCAACUCAUCUCCCCACUUCUACGACUAUGGUCAGUAUCUUUGCAGGAUCAAGCACCCCAACCAAAGACACUCCAACCGACAAAACAAACCACCGAAAAGUAGGUGCUAUCGUUGGUGGGACUGUUGGAGCCGCAACAUUCCUCGCACUUAGCUUCCUGGCCCUUUUCCUCAUUCGUCGCAAACGAAGAUCCAACCCACACAGACGCCAAAACAGCAGACAGGGACUUCUCCAAAGCAGAGACUCGACGAGUUCAUUCCGAGGCCACACCCGCAGCAUCUCUCAACCCUACUUCUCCGGGAAUGACAGCAGCUGCAUUCCAUCCGCUCCGGUCUUCCCCGCUCAACGAAGCCAGUCAAUGUCCAAUGACCGCCCUGCUCCAAUGUUCGGAGCGUCAAUCCAGAGCCCAUACUGGGAAAAGGCCUAUUUUCAAGGUGAAAACCACUUUGUCUUCACGGAGGACCCACUUGACCAAGGUCCCGAGAAAAGCCCUGUUUCGCCUAUCAUUGAGAUCUUCCCCCCAUCUCGCUCGGCAUCAAAUUACUCCAAAAAGUCAGGUCACGGUGAUUUGGGCGUCCCACAAUUUCGCCCAGAAUCAUAUCCUAACUUUCAUCGGACAAGCUCAUCUCGCCAGACAAGCUCUUAUCGACCUGGUGAGAGUAACUUGACUCUUCCGGAUACGUGCAGCCAAGGAUCCAAGUUCAACUCACCCGGGUCUCGGGAUAGCGUCCGCAGUGACCCCUUUGAUCUGGAGCCACCUGCCGAUAUCCUACACAAGGGAGCGCCUGUGCCGUCCCCGCAAUCUUUCUGGAGUUUUCGCUUUUAA